CCGCCAUUUUCGAGACAGCGAGUCAGUGUUAGUGUACAUAGGUGCUACAACUAUUAGUUGUGUGAGUGAGCGAGUGUGCAAUAAAAGUAUAUACAAUGCCAGGUUGUUGUGCAAUAAAUUGCAAAAAUAGAAGCGAACAUGGUUUUCGAAUGUUUUUGUUUCCUCGGGAUGAGAAACGAAGACAUUUGUGGGCUGAGAAAUGUGGUAAAAAUCCAACACAGAAUUCUAGGUUAUGUGAGUAUCAUUUUGAUGAUUUGCAAUUCGAAAAUCGACGAGAGGAUGGAUGGCGGAAAUUGAAACCUAAUGCAAUUCCAACUAUUUUCGAAAGCAACGAAAUUAAUUCUGAUGUAUUAAAUGAUCAAUCUUUAAUUGGGCAUAAUAUUCAACCAGAAAAUUGUGCUAAUUUAUUUAAUUGUGAUUUAUCAUGUAAUGACAAUUUUGGAUAUAAUGAAAAUGUUGCUACUGAGAAUUUACCAAGUGAACAACAGACUCUAUCAGUCCCAAUUGCCGUACAUGCAAGUGUUCAAACGGAUAAUGAGAUAAGUGGACAGAAUUUACAAACAAUGUUCAUGACAAAUGAAGAAGGAACGAUUCGACAAACCAAUCAAAUCAAGUAUUUGCUCAAACAAUUAAAGGAAGAACGAGUAAAAGCUAAUACUUUCAAAUCCAAAUAUGAAAAUGAAAAAGUAUUGCGAUUUAAGACAACAAAAAUUAUGAAAAAGUAUAAGAAAAGAUACACAAUAUUGUCUGAAAAAGUAGAAAAAUCACCAAUUUUCAAAAAAUUUAUAUCAGGAUUUUCCAAGCAAAAGACUAACUGGACUCCGUAAUGUUUAAGAUUGGCCACACAGAUA